UGGAAACCCAAGCAACAGGAGAGAGAGAAGAGAGAGACAGAGAGCAGCGAACACACUACUCCCACGGCCGCCACCACCACGCGCGGCUACCCCGGCAUUCCCCGGCGGCGGCUCGCCGGAGAGAGAAAGAGAGCCUUCCAGUGGAGGGUCCCACCCGGCGCCGGCACCACCCUGAUCCCAGGCCGUGGAGAUGGCGGUGGCAGCGCUGCGCUCCCCGGUGGCCAUGACUAGGAGGGCGCGCCAGGGCGGCGGCCUGCUGCGGUGGCUAGGGACGGCGGCGGAGGCCGAGAGGGAGGGCGGGGCGACGUGGGAGCUCUCGGCGGCGCGGGAGUACUACGACUACCGCAAGUCCAUCUACGGCGACGUCACCCACCGCGCCCUCCUCGUCGAUGCCGUCGGCACCCUCGUCGUCCCCGCGCAGCCCACCGCCCAGGUUUAUAAGAGCAUUGGUGAGAAGUAUGGAGUGAAGUACUCUGAAGAUGAGAUCCUAGCGAGAUACCGGCGGGCGUAUGAGCAACCCUGGGGCAGAUCGCGGCUCAGGUACGUGGAUGAUGGUAGGCCCUUUUGGCAACACAUUGUCACUUCUUCUACAGGCUGUUCAGAUUUGCAGUACUUUGAGGAACUAUAUCGGUACUAUAUGACAGAGAAGGCUUGGAAGCUUUGUGAUCCUGAUGCUGAAAGUGUAUUUCAAGCUUUAAGAAAGUCAGGUGUUAAAACUGCUGUAGUCUCCAAUUUUGAUACCCGCUUACGGCCUCUGUUACAUGCUCUGAAGUGUGAUCACUGGUUUGAUGUGGUUGCUGUCUCUGCAGAGGUUGCAGCAGAAAAACCAAACCCAACAAUAUUUUUGAAGGCGUGUGAGCUUUUAGGUGUCAAACCGGAAGAAGCCGUUCAUGUUGGUGAUGAUCGCAGAAAUGAUUUAUGGGGAGCUAGAGAUGCAGGCUUUGAUGCCUCGCUCUGGGGAAGUGAUCUUCACUCUUUCAAUGAGGUACAAUAAGCUGACUCAGCAGGCUACAAAAUUAUACCACAUCAGCUUAUUUCUACGUCGAGGGGAGAGAAAAUGAAGAAAAGAAGAAAGAGAAUAAAACGGGCGACUGUUUUGUAGCCGGGCGAUAGCGUCGCUUUCAGCUGGCACAAGGAAUUAAAAAACAGAUAAUGGCCCACACAUGCACAGCCGAUCCCCAUCUCCCUCACGCAUCGCACAGCUCCAGAUCGCUUUCUUCCUCCCGGUGCCGCCUCCCUCCCCUCAGCGCGAAUCCUCCCAUCGACUCCGUGCUUCUCCUCCUCCCUCCCGCGCCUCCCGCGCUUCUUCUCCUCCCUCCCGUGUGGCUCCCGCGCUUCUUCUUCCCUCCCUCUCACAUGGCUCCCGCCCUUCUCCUCUCCCUCCCACGCUGGCAGAGAAGAUCGGCCUCUUUAUGACAGAGAAGAUCGCCCUCUUCUGGAGAUUGCAUACCUGUAUUAGACCUGGAAUUACAUUAUCCAUUAAUGUACUUGGUUGUUAUGGUAUUUCAAUUAUCUGCUAUUGGUGUGUUGUAUUUUUUAUACUACAGAGAAACUUGGUUGAUGUGAUCUGGAGCGUAUGAUCGCUGUUGGCUCAUUCUGACUAGUUAUGUAAAAUAAAUGUUGAUGUCACGACAAAAUGGCUACAAUGAUACACUUCACUUUUGAUCAUACACACUGG